AUUUUAAACAAGACAACAUGGCUGUGUGAUUCUGAGAUACAUGCUGGUCAGAUCCUCCUAAAACAAAAAUUCCCUCUUGUAGAUGGUCUAAGGGACCCUGUUAUUGUGGGUGCAUUAGUCACUCCAGCCAUUAGUGAGUUUGUACAGAUCAUAAACACUGGCUCACACUGGGUUUGCCUGAGCACAAUAGCUACUAGUCCUGGAACUGUCAAGGUGUAUGACAGCUUAUAUCAAAAUGUAAGCGCGGUUGCCAUUGAUCAUUCAUGUCGCAUGCUAUUGUAUACUGGUUCUACAGUCACUUUUUGUAAUGAAAGAGUGCAAAAGCAAACAAAUUCAAAUGACUGUGGCUUGUUUGCACUGGCAUUUGCUACAGAUUUAUGCCAUGGCCUAAACCCC